UUAAAGCUUGCUCUCCUCUCCCUUAUCCUCUAUCAUUCAUUUCCAUUCUCUCUCUACCUAUCAAUCUCUCUCUCUCUCUAUCUCUGCAGUAUAGAGAACAACUCAGCUCCAAGAGCUCCCAUCUGAAAGGAAUUCCAUGCUCCACAAAAACACACAAUCUCAGAAAAAGAUAGACCCACUUGCCCACUAACCGAUAGAAUUUGUGUGUCACCUCACCUCAUCUCUCUCACUUCCCUACACACACAACAUAGCAAAAAAAAAAAGAAAAACAUUUUGUCACAGUGAGAAAAAAAAAACGUUUUUUUAUACAAUAAAAAUAAACCCCACCAAGUGGUUAUUAUAGAGAGAGAAAUUAGUUAUAUGAAAUAGCACGAUCAUGGAAUUGGAAGGUGAUCAUCAUCAAAGUAAUGGAAUCCGAAGCAGACCCAAUUUCCCUCUUCAGCUUUUAGAGAAAAAAGACAACAACAUCCUAGAUGUCUCCGAAGAACAAACUUGUACAACCACCGGAAACGAUGGCUGUACUGCCAUAAUCUCAUCAGACCAGCAGAAAAAGCCUCCGCCGAAGCGAGCUUCGACGAAAGACCGGCACACGAAGGUAGACGGACGAGGCCGCCGGAUCCGUAUGCCGGCGGCCUGUGCUGCUAGAGUGUUCCAGCUCACGCGUGAGCUGGGACAUAAAUCAGACGGCGAGACGAUUGAGUGGCUGCUUCAACAGGCAGAGCCAGCCGUCAUCGCCGCCACCGGAACAGGAACAAUUCCGGCCAACUUUACUUCACUUAAUAUAUCUCUUAGAAGCUCAGGCUCAACCAUGUCUGCGCCGUCUCACUAUUUUCGAGGUAACUACUUUAACCCUAGCUCGUUCUCCUCCACGGCGGCUCAGCUUAGAAACCGGGCUGAAUGGGAUAGAACUAUGAACAUGAACAUGAACAUGAACAUGAACGUUGUAGCUGAUGAUUCAAGAAGGAGUAGUAACUCUACCAUGUUGGAAAAUCCUUCUUCUUUAUCAGCAAUGUUGAAUUUCAACAACGUGCAAAAUGCUAUUCUACAAGCAAAACAAGAGCUUCGGGAAGAAAACGCCGCUGCCACCGCCUCCGGUGGUGGCGGAGGAUUUGAAUUGUUAGGUUCAGAUUCAGAUGGAAGCAUGGGAAGAAAAAGAAGGUCAGAGCAAGAAUUAUUAUCACAAAAUAUGGGAAGUUAUUUGUUACAAUCAAAUGUAGGGUCACUUCCUUCAAGUCAUGCUUCAAAUACGGCAGCGUUUUGGAUGGUAACUGGUAAUGGGAACCAAGGUGUUAAUGUUAAUGGUGGUAAUGGAAAUGAUCCAAUUUGGGCAAUUCCUUCUGUUGGGAAUAAUGGUAUGUAUAGAGGAGCUAUGACAUCUCCUAAUGGAUUUCAUUUCAUGAAUUUUGCUGCAUCUCCAAUGAAUCUUAUGCCAGGAAGUCAAUUAGGUUCAGGAAUCGUCGGCGGUGGUGGUGGAGGUAUUUUAGCCGAAAGCAAUCUGAGUAUGCUUUCGGCUAUGAAUGCCUAUAGGCAGAUUUCGACGAAUGGUAUGUCAAAUUCGUCGGGGCAACAUCACGGCGGAGGUGGAGGAGGAGAUGAUGAACAUGACUCAAGCAGUCAACAUUCCUAAGGAUUGAUCAAGCAAUUAGAAGUGUAUGAUCUGAUGCUAGCUUCUUAAUUUUUCUUUUGAUUAUUAUAAUUACUAGUACUAUAUUAGCUUUGGUAAUGGUUACUUAAUUUGCAAAAAUAUAUAUAUUAUAUAUACAUAUAUAAAUAUAUUAUAUAUGUUAUUUGUUA